AUGUCUUCUCUUCCUCCCGACCCGUGGCAGGUCCUCGGCAUCGCAAAGACGGCAGACAAGACUGAGAUUCGGACAGCCUACCGAAAAUUGGUCCUCAAGUGCCAUCCAGACAAGGUCCAAGAUCCGACUCUAAAGGCUGAGAAACAAGACGAGUUCCAAAAAGUCCAGCAAGCAUAUGAGCUUCUCAACAACGACGAAGAGCGGGCAAAGUAUGAGCAUCAGGUUCGAAUGAGUGAACUCAACCAACAAAAGGCACGGGCUGCCUCAAAGAGCGCGGCUUAUUCCCCAGCUGCUCGAUCAUCUCCCAGGCACAAGGAGUUCGCUUUCAGCAGUACGCCAGAGCGUGCCUCGCACAGGACAACGACAUCAACCAGGGAGAAAAUGUACUUUCAGCCCUCGCGCUCUCACGAGGAAGUUCCUACUGCUCGCUUCGCCGACAUGAACUUCAACGAAGAGAGACGUGCUCGUCGGGCAACUAGCUAUGAGAAGCAACCAAGACCCGAGGACGAAAGGCCCUCAAGGCGCGAAGAGGAAAAGGCACCCAGACGUGAAGAUGAAAGGCCCGCGAGGCGCGAGGAGGAGAAGCCAGUGAGACGAGAAGAAGAGAAGUCGAAGGACAAGCGCAAGGAUGAAGAGGAGAAGAAGGCAAGACGCCAGAGGGACUUGGCCAGGGAGUUGGAAGAAAUGGCUGAUCCCGGCCGCAAGGCGGAGAAGAAGAAGACGGACAGGGAACGGGAGAGACCUGAGAAGGAACGAAAAUCGGAGGAUAAAUCCCGGCGGCACAAGGGUCCCUCAAUUGAAGUCGUGGAGGAUCCCGAGGAGCCUCCCAAGUCAGACAAGAAAUCUGCAAAGUCUUCGAGUAAGAAAUAUACCGAGACUAAGGAGCGCGAACGAGAUGGUUCCCGCUCCCGCGAAUAUGAUUAUGGGCGAGAAAAGUCGGCCUCUCGUCCCGCUGCCGGUUUUGUGGCCGACGACCCGCUGGAAAAGGCAAAGCUAUACAUCCAGAACAGGGGUACCAAAGUUCGAGACGGGGAACGAAUUCCGAAGCUUGGGAGAUCCCAAACCGAAUUCUGGAGUUAUAAGCCAGAAGUGCCCCGUCCGUCCCCCGCCGACUACGACGAAGAAGAAGUCCCGCGAUCAUCUGCUCGACCCCGUCGAUGCUCCCAUGAGACCCCGGCAAGGUCUAAGGAGGGCCCGAACAUCAUCCCUGUUUCGCCUCGCCUUGCUCCGACGAAUUCUCGCCCUAAUCCGAUCAACGUCAAGGCUUCGAAGACUCAUGCUGUCCCUUCGCCUCUGAAUUCUCCUUCUCGCAUGCAACGAUCAGCAACAACCAAUGAUAUACAUUCCGGACAUCAGUUUCAUCCACCGCCCAUGACACGGCACACUACUUGGGCUCCUAGCUCCGACCGACAUUUCGAUAAAGUCUACCAUAACGACUCAGAUGAUGAUUACGGACGCCAUCAUCGUUCACGUUAUGCGGAUUCCCCUUCUGAUGGUGUUCGGUACAAAGCGGAUGGGGGCAGAAGCUCGAGGCGCGACGAACCAACAUAUCCCCAGGCUUACUCGCGAGGAACUUCCGCCACACGAGUUCCUCCUGAAAUGUACGGAUCUGCACGCAUGUACUCGACCUCGGGUAUGAAGGUGAAAGAAGGCAAGACAUUCACUACGACUGACGUGAAAUACGCCGAUAUACCCUAUCCUCAUCGAGCCUAUCCUUCAGUGCCUUCAUACUAG